AUGUCGGUCUCUGAUAUACAAGGUAAUUACCCCCAUCUCGUCCCUGCAUGUUUAUAUCAACCUUUCUUUACACGCAGACAUCCUCGAUCCUCGACGCUGGGAAAAUACCUAUGACUUAAUUAAAUUAUAUCAAACUUGCUUGACGCAUUGCGAUUUGGCGCUUCCUUAUUGGCCAGUCGCUAUAGGAGCCUUCUUUGAUAAGUAAACACGUUUCGCUGCGAAGGUUGUCAAUUUCUAGUGAUGGCGUCGCGUUGGAUGUUCGUAGGCCGUUUGGCAUUUGUUCUUCUCCUCCUCACCCAAGGGGGAUUUUUAGUCGCUUAUUCCGUCGAUUACGACGAGGUUGCAGUUGGGGCACCGAUAGUACAAGGUGUUUUAUUUGCUAUAACAGCGUUCGUGUGGUUUGCUCUCAUCUGUACGGAAGCGAAACUUAGUCGGUUGUUCUAUGUCUGGGUUUUAUAUGUUUUUACCCUCGUCGUUAACAUUGGAAUCUUAUUUGGAACAAUCGGAGACAAACUUGACAGCAAUAAAUUCCUUGGCCCUAAUGUCCUGAAGGGAGUUCUGUGCGUUACACCUCCUCUGUUGCUGUUGUUGUUACACAAUGCCGACGAUCUAGAUCGCUCUGAUGAGCGCAAAGAUCUAGUGUCUAAGCUUUCCUACCAAAUGGCCAUCGAUCUCUUCGACGUUGUGGAUAUGAUAGAUAUCGUCUUGGAAGACAAAAGACACGGGAGUGCGAAUUGCUCGUGUGCAAAUACUACAAUAAAUGAAACCAACCCGACAAGUGCAACUUCAAGCCUCAAAACAAUUCCUGAAAGUUUCGGAAUAGUCAUGGUUACAGUGGCAUCUCUUAGUCUACUUAUGUCACUUUGGCAAUUGUUUGAGAACAAGCUAUCAAGAGAUGACACAAAGAUUCGCUUCCGAGCGACAGUUCUUCGCAAUUUGGUAGAGAUAGCUUUGAUUAAUUUCGUCUUCUUGAUUAUUCGCUUAGAGGUGUACGCAAAGUACCACAGAGAUGAGUCUAUCUUUAUUGCAAAGAAUAUCAUAUCAAUAGUUUUGUCCAUUUUGGAAAUUAAUGCACAUUGUGAAUCACAUUCCGUUAAAUUUUGGUCUGAGUUAUGUAAAAGUUGUUUUAGACUCAGGGACCGCGCAGAGGGAGGGGCUGGGGGAGGGACUUUAACCCCCCCACUUUUUUGCAAAAAUAAAAAUAAAUUAAAUAAAAAAUAAUUUAACAAAAAAAUUUUCCUCCACGCAUUCUUCUUUAGCCCCCCCCACUCGAAAACUUGCUGCGCGGUCCCUGGGACUAAGAGUGGUCUAAAAUGGCAACCAGUGUUUGUUGUCAUUAUUUAAACAGUGCGAAAUCGGUUUAGAGACAUAACUUUGUGAAAACUGCUUAGACAUUAUUUAGUUAUCAUUAUUGCAAAUUAUAGUAAAUUUUUAUUAUUGUAUCGCUGUAUCAAGGUAGACAUUCCUGCUCCUGUUUAAUAAUUGAGACUGAAGUGAUAUCUCAUGCAUGAUUAAUGUUGCAGUGCUUCUAAAGCCGAAGUCAGAUACAAAGUAGCUUUGUAAGUUUAAAAAAAUUUUUGAAGUUUUGCCACUUUAUAAUCUUUUACUACUUUUUAAGGUUUAAAUUUAUUAUAAAAGAAGAUGUAUGAUUUCAUAUCUGUCGAGAAAUUAAGACUAUUCUAGACUCUUGAUGUGUAACUAAAUAUGUAAUCAUGGAUUUUAUUAAACAGCGUCACCCAAAGCGAUCGCUAAACUACGGUGACGUACAUUAAGGACUGUGUUUCUAACAGUGUUAAAAUAUUUAAUUUUAACAUGGUGACCCAAAAACUAAAAAGACAGCCAUCUCAGUGGGUGAUAAUCGAUAAAUUCAGUCUUUAGACCUUGUAUACGAAUUAUGAAAUCACUUACAAACUUACACCUUUGACUUUGCUUGCCAAGAACUAUUACGAAGGCACGGUAAACUAUUAAUUCGAACUGCGAAAGAUUACGCACAAAACUUCAAUAUCGUUGAUGGGGAGUUCAUACUCAACUAAAAGUGAGUGUUCAAAUGCAAAAGUUUAUUUUUCAGAAUGUUUUUUUAAAAUUCUUGUCCUAAGAGACACGAGAGAUUUUUCUGGAAUUCUUCAAAUUAAAUCGUUCAAUUCAUAUGAAGAACGGCAAUUUUGUUUUUUCUCGAGUGGAAGGCUAAAAAUUUCGAAUUCGAAUUCGUUAAACAAACGAAAACGAUGGAAAGGCAGCCAUGAUUAGAUACAAAUUUUGUAUCUUACGUAAUUCAGGGGAGUCGCUUCACUCGACAGUUGCUCUUAUUACGUUACUUACCGAAAGCUAUCAGGUUUUUUAUUUGUAUUUGUUCACAUCCGCUUUUCUCGGAAAAGAUUACUUCAUUGUCUUACGCUUUCUUAGAAACAACGUUCUUGAAUUAUGCUUAUGAAAAAGUUUAUUUCGAUGCAACAGCAGUAACUUUGUUAUAGGAGCUUCUGAAGGCGAAACUCAUCGUUGAAGUGCCUUAAAAGAUUAUCUUUAUUAUGGCCUCUUGGUUGGUCUGCGUUGGGCGAUUCCUUUUCUUUGGCUUGUCAGGCCUCCAGGCCUACUCGCUAGCUUCGUAUCCUGCCGAGUACGAAAGCGAUGAUGAUUUCUAUGGACUAGUCCUCCUGUACGGUCCCGCAAUGUGUCUUUGGCUUUAUAUCAUGUGGGACGACAAACAUUUACCAUGGUUAUUUGCUGUCUGGAUAUGCUAUAUCUUAGGUUUCGUGAUCUUCAUCCUUAUCAUAUUUGGAGGCGACAAACCGAUUGAAGAUAAGCUCGACAAAGCGAAAUUCUUCGGUCCAAACAAUCUAAAGAUGACACUUUGCCUUGCCCCAGUGAUUCUGUUGUUGCUUUUGAGUACUGGAACAGAUUCUAACCGCUAUAGAGAUCAAAUCUGGCAGAUAUCCCUACGAAUGGCUCUGGAUCUCUUCGAUGGAGUUGAAAUGCUGGAAGUUAUCAUCGAAGAAAAUGAAGUUAGCCAUGGUGUUCCAAAGCCCUUUGAAAAAGCCAUACUCGCUUUUGUCUGUAUCAGUUUUAUCUUCUCCCCAUUGCAACUGGUUGAGAUAAAUUCAAGAACUUUCAAUAGGUGGGGAUUUCUACGUAGAUGUAGAGAAGGUUUGCGAACAGCACUACAGAUCAUCUGUGUUAAUUGUGUGUUUUUGGGGCUUCGCAUGUAUCUAUGGCGGGGCUAUGGAAAAGAUGCCUCUAUUUUUAUCGCUAAAAAUGCUAUUGUCAUUUGCCUUGGCCUUUUCGAGGUAUGUUCAAUCGGUAAAUGUUGUGGUUGUGACGAUUAUUGA